GCGCGAGAGGAAUUCAGCUCUGGAUUUGUCGGAUCUCAGCUUUUGCAUUUUCUAAUUUUUUUAUGGGAAAGAAAUUUUGCUCGAUUGAUUUAGCAGUUAUUUCAAAAUCGAUUUUGCCGACUGCUAAUUAAGUCCUCGCGCCCCUCCUUUCGGAUCACAUGCCACGAGUUUGGAUAUUUUGUCAUUUUCUUUGUUUUACUUUUUUAUUUUUAAAAUUUUACGUAAAAACUCAAAAUUCGGAUCUUUAAAAAACAAUUUUCGACAUAAAAAUAUUUAAUUUUCAGGAAUGGGCAGAGAAGUUGAAAAUCUUAUUCGUGAAAACACUGAAUUGCUUGAAACUAAAAAUGCUUUAAAUAUUGUAAAGAAUGAUUUGAUUGCAAGAUUGGAUCAACUUAGCAGUGAACACGCAGUCUAUAGAGAAGAAGCACGAAGUCUUGAACUAGUCAAAAUAAAAUUAAUUGAACGCAUUAGAGGAUUGGAGGAUGAAUUGAAAGAAUUAAAAGAAGCAAAAAAUCAAACAGAAACGCCAGAGGUUUUUUUAAAAAUUUUUCUUAAAAAAUUAUUUUUAAAGGAAGACAAAGCCCAAGGGCGGCGAUUUACUCGUCUCGAAAUGGCUAGAGUUUUGAUGGAAAGAAAUCAAUACAAAGAAAAUUUCUUUGAACUUCAAGAAGCUGUUAAAUUUACAGAAUUGCAAAGAGCGAGACGGACUACGUCUUCGAAUAAUCAAAAUAAAUCAAUUAUUUGGAGCUUUUUCUCCAAUCUUCUUGGUGACAGCACAUCAACUAGUCAUAUAGGACAAAAUGUGAAAAAAUCCCAAACAAAAAAGAAUAUUCCAUCAUCUCCAUUAACUCAAAGGAAAGCACGUUCUGGAGGGGAUAAAGAAGACAAAACAAAUCAGGACAGGUUUAAUGCUGAAAGGCGACAACAUUACCACGAAGUUAGUCAACAUAUGAAACAAGAAGACUUUCCAACGGCUUAUGGUUGGUCUAUACCCUCAACUAAAGCAGCGGCACAAAAUUUAUCAAUCCCAGUUCCAGUUAAUUGUCGACCAUUAAUUGAAAAUGCUUCGCCUUCACUUAAAAUUUGUUGUGCUGCUUCUUGUUCCCUUCAUGGAGGAUUAAGUAAUGGUGAAUAUAUUGUUGGUGAUCCAAUACUUGGCUGUGAUCCCUAUUUAUUUUUAAAAAAUAAUUUUCAACGAAGUAACAAUGAAAAUGGGGGGCGAAAAUCUAUUGGCGAAAUCAAAAAAUUAAAUGGUUCAGAAUUUUCUCUUUUGGAAUCUUCAAGUUUAGUUUGGAUUUGUAGUUCCAGUGAAAUUCAAAAACCUUUUGUGACUAUUUUGGAUGUUAAUUGUCCAAAUUCAAUACUUGAAGGAUUUGAAAUUAAUGAAAUUGGGGCUAGAAUAUUUUGUAUUGCUAGUGUUUCUGGAAUUCAUUAUUCUGAUAUUCGAAUAACUGAAGAAGGUUUAAAUUCUGAUUCAGAAUUAUGUACAAGAGGAGGUUAUUUUGAAAAGAGCAAAACUUUAAUUGAAUCUAUAAUGGAUUUUGAAUUAUUUGGAUCUGUUGAAUUUAUAAAAUUGCAAUUAUCUACUAAAAAAGGAGAAGGAGAAGCUACUCAAACAUUGAUUUGGGAAGGACAACAAAAAAUGACUUCGCCUUCUAAAAGGAGAAGAGAUUGUAAGAGGGGGUUUUCUUUUUAAAAAAGACUUUGAAAAUUAUAUUCAUAGGGUGCGGGAUUAAUUUAAAGUAAUAUUGAAUUUAGAAUUUUAUUAAAUUUUUAAAGAGAAUUGCUCGAUUCUCUUAUUGGUUUUCACCUUUUAGACUCCCACCGUACACUCUACGUUCCUUUGGAAGUCCCAAGAUUUUUAUUUGGGUUGGUUGUAAAGUCGAGGAUCCGCGGUUCAUGGUUUCUCUCCCUUUAAUAGAAGGUACAGCCCAAGUAGGCGCGCG